ACUCACAGACAUCCCACUAGCAUCUGAGGACAAUGAAAAGGAUGAAUCAUGGCAGUUUUAUCAGAUAAUGUCUGGGUGUCAGUAUGGAAGCAAAGAACAUCCUGGAACGUCUUGUCGUGACAUUUUAACCAGAAACUGCACUGACAAUGGUAUUUAUUGGAUCUCGCUAAAUUCGGGUAAGCAAACUUGUCAUGUUGCAGAUGCAUCUAACAUAUUUCCUGUGUUGUGUGAUAUGAUGAAUGGAGGUUGGACCCUAAUAUUUAAAGGCGUUGCAGGUGUUUCUGGAGUUAUACAUAAAAUUUGGGAGAGUCAAUCUACAUUUAACGAGGAGUCAUUUGAAGCUUUGAAUAAAGAGAAUAACUUCAAAAGUCAUUAUAAAAAUAGAAUUGUCAAAGAAUGGAACACUUUUAAUCCAGCCCAGGCUCGUAUUGUAUUGUACUCUGAAGGAAAAGAAGACUUGGUCUUAACAUUCAAUGCUAAGAACAAAGGCAGCUUGCACUGGUUUCAGGAAGCAAAUCUUGAAUCCUCCCCUUGGAAAGAUAUUUAUGGAACGCCAAAGAAUAGUUUCAGCCUUAUAGGAGAUUGUAAUGUUCAGAAAACAAAAUGCCGUGACUUCUAUAUCAGUCGUCUUCACGCCAAUUGUCCUGGUGACCGCGGCUGGUUAACUAUAGGAAAUAGAGAUUAUGAUUGUAACUGGGAGAGAAUAUAUGGAAAGACUUCGUUUCUUUACAGCAAGAAAGAAACUAAUGUUACCUGGAGUGAUGCUGGUAAAAAAAUGUGA